AUGGACUCAAAUGAAGUCACCAAUGCUAUGAUCCCAUCUCCAUUGUUCGCCUUUACUUCUACUUCAUCAUCUUCACUUGAUCAAUCUUCUCUUGGUCAUCAUCCAUCUCAUGAAGAUGAAUCUCCUCCUCCUUGUCCUCCUCUUGUCAUUAGACCUUGUGCUGCUUGUAAAGGCCUCCGUCGAAGAUGUGUUGCAACAUGUAUCCUGGCACCAUACUUUCCCCCUACCCAACCCCUCAAGUUCUUGGCUGUGCAUAAGGUAUUUGGAGCUAGCAAUGUCUUGAAAUUCUUGCAGGGACUUCCAGAGUCUCAGAGGGCUGAUGCGGUCGUUAGCAUGGUCUACGAAGCAACAACAAGGAUUAGAGACCCAGUGUAUGGGUGUGCAGGUGUAAUUUGCAAUCUGCAGAAGCUUGUAAACCAUCUUCAGAUGGAGUUGGAUAUUACAAAGGCCCAUCUUUUCAAUAUAACAUGUCAACAGGAAAACCUUCCAGCGGCCAUGUCAUGCUUGGAAAUGAAAGAAGCUCAACAGCCCAAAUUGCAACAACCCUCAUUCAAAGACUUCAUAUUUGGUGGUACUUCUACCUUCCAGAAUUGCGAGAACUUAUUAGAGGACAACUCAUGGAUGGUGUGA